CGCCGGAAGCGGCUUCCGCAUGCUGGGCAGGGUAAGGCGCCGGGCGGUGUGGGCGCUGGCAGGUGCGGUGAGCGGUGAAGGGGCCGCCUGGAGCGGCUCUGCAGCAGCCGCCAUUCCCCUCCUUCCGCUGGUCGGGCCGAGCGCGCAAGGCCGAGAGCGCGCCUUGUCUUCGGCCGUCGCCGCUCUGCGCGAGGGGGGCCUGGUGGCCGUGCCCACCGACACCCUCUACGGCAUCGCCUGCCUGGCGGAGGACUCGCGCGCCCUGCGGGCAGUCUACCAGCUGAAGGGGCGCGACGGCGCGAAGCCGCUGGCUAUCUGCCUAGCCGACGUGGACCAGGUGCACAGGUACUGUAAGCUGGCUGUACCUGACCAGCUCCUUCAUGAUCUUCUGCCAGGGCCCGUUACGCUGGUUCUAGAGCGUUCCCAAGCUCUCAACCCAGACCUCAACCCCUUCACAUCUCUAGUUGGUGUUCGUGUCCCUGAUCACUGGUUCAUCAAGGAGCUGGCCAGAGUAUGUGCCACCCCCUUGGCUUUAACAAGUGCAAACAUCAGCUCCCAGAAAAGCAGCCUGACAGUCACGGAAUUCAAAGAGCUUUGGCCUCAUCUAGCACUGGUGGUGGAUGGAGGCCCGAUUGGGGACUUGCAGAGACCAGAGUGCCGUCUGGGCUCCACAGUGGUCGACCUCUCUGUCCCUGGCAAGUUCAAGGUUAUUCGUCCAGGCUGUGCACUUACCCAGACUGUUGAAGUCCUGGUAAAGAAGCAUGGUUUGACAGCUGAGUCAUCUGGUUUAUAAAAUUCAUCCUGUUUGUGCAACUGAGUGUUUGGUGGCUCUCCAGGAAACUGCUGUCAGUGGACUUGUUUAUGAAGGAGCAAAGGGACAAAUGUUUGCUCUGGUCCUUGGCCAUGGAUGUGGAUUGGAAGGCCCAGGGGUGGGGUGGGGAGACAGCAAGGGCAACCUGGAUACCAGGAACUGAAAAAUGUAUUUGGGAAUAUACCCCUUAGUUAGGGACCAAUCUGUUUUUAAGCCACCUCUGCUGAGCAGACGUGGCCCAUAGCAUGUAACAGGCUGCACUUGGCCAAGUGUAAUUAAAACGGAAACUGUGUGAAAA